GUAUUGAUGGUCCAGCUGCUUUUCAAGAUGAAGUACAGGUAGCAGGGAGCCAAGUUCAAAUUCUUACUGUUGGAGAAACUUGCCAAGAUGAGGAUGAUGGAGAGGUAAUAGCUACCAGUCAACAACAAGGCAAACAAGACCUUAGAGUAACAAUGCAGAAGAAAGGCAUUUCAAGUAGCAUGAAUUUUGAUGAAGAGGAGGAUGAGGAGGAUGAAGACAGCUCAAGUUCCUCACAGUUAAAUAGUAAUACCCGACCAGGUUCUGCAACAAGCAAGAAAUCAAAUAAGGAAACAGCAUCAGGGCCCAGCCCUUCAACAAAUAACCCUGUAAUAGACGUGGAUGAUUUGGAGGAGUUUGCUGUGAGACCUGCUCCUCAGGGUGUUACUGUCAAAUGCCGAAUCACAAGAGACAAGAAGGGAAUGGACCGUGGAAUGUACCCUACUUAUUACCUCCAUCUAGAAAGGGAGGAUGGUAAAAAGGUAUUUUUAUUAGCUGGAAGGAAGCGGAAAAAGAGCAAAACCUCAAAUUACCUCAUCUCCAUUGACCCAACAGACCUGUCACGAGGAGGAGAGAGUUUCAUUGGAAAAUUAAGGUCCAACCUCAUGGGGACUAAGUUUACAGUUUAUGAUAAUGGAGUCAACCCAGUGAAAACGACACUGAGUUUGGAGGCAAGCAAUCUACGCCAGGAGUUAGCUGCUAUUUGCUAUGAAACAAACGUUUUGGGAUUUAAGGGUCCUCGUAAAAUGAGUGUCAUCAUACCAGGAAUGAAUAUGGAUCAUGAGAGAGUUUCCAUCAGACCACGGAAUGAACAUGAAACACUCCUCUCAAGAUGGCAGAAUAAAAACACAGAGAGUGUCAUUGAGCUGCACAACAAAACUCCAGUCUGGAAUGAUGAUACUCAGUCUUAUGUUUUAAAUUUCCACGGUCGUGUAACACAGGCCUCAGUGAAAAACUUCCAAAUUAUUCACGACAAUGAUCCCGACUACAUAGUGAUGCAAUUUGGCCGUGUGGCAGAAGACAUUUUUACAAUGGAUUAUAAUUAUCCUAUGUGUGCAGUACAAGCCUUUGCUAUUGCCCUGUCCAGUUUUGACAGCAAGCUGGCUUGUGAGUGAACAAGUUACGUCUCAGCUUCACUGCAGCCAAAACGAUGUGCCACUGGAAGAAGAAAACAUACAUUCCAUAUUUUCUCUGGUGUCAUCAGUGGUCACAUAUCCUUAUGAGGCAGGUAAAAUUUGCUUUCUGAAGGACCAACCUUUUUGCUGAAGAGAAAAUAUUUUAAAAUUCAGGACUUUCAGGAAUGUUUUCCCCACUUAUUCUCUAUUUUUCUGGAAGUGGCAUCAGAGCUCUAUAAAUAGAAGUCCUAUCUUAUGUCCUCAGUUCUGUUAUGAAGAUGCGCCAUAAUGUACUGUAUUGUGGCUUAAGUGAAAACACCAUUGGGAUUGACGAUGUCUUUUUUUAAACCCAUAAAAGCUAACACAACACAAAUCUAGUUUUGGAUUUAAGACAUAUUCAGAGGCUGUCAGCAUACCUCAAGAUUUCAUUCAUACCUUGGGAAUUUUAUGUCACCCAUCUUAAAUAUAAGACCGUAAGAAAGAUGCAAACUUUUUCAAGAAAGAAGCAAGGUAGCAUUUACUCUCAGAGCCAAGACUGAAGUGAUUUGUGAUACUAUUUAUAUGGGAAGGAGUCUGACAAAUUUUUAAUCCUGAUGGGGAAAGGAAUGGGGAAAAAAUAGGAAGCACAAGUUAAUAUUGCACAACUCACUUGUACUCCAAGGUGUUAUUUUAUAGAUUGUGUCUUAAUUUUAAGUCUCACUUUUUGAUGGCAGUUGACUCUUAUUUUUAAGAAGGGAAAUUUGAUCAUGCAAAGUCACCCUAUGGAUGUGAGAAAUGAUGCUGAAUCAUUAUACUAACUAAAAAUUGGGGAACAUCCAUAUGCCUGAAAGAGAAAAUGUGCUUCACCAUGUAUGAUGUCUCAGGUCCCAUGUGUGGCAUGUUCUGCCCAAGAAAGUUUUCUGCCUUUUACCCUGGAGAGCUGCUGCCCAUCAGGAUAGACAUGGCUGGACUAGAAAGGGGAAGGGCUGGCAUUGAAUAAAACACAUGCAUCUGCUCUAACUGAAUUGAAUGACAUCUAAUUCUUUGGAUAAACCUGCCUUGAUAUAGCUGCCUCUUUUAAGAAAUUGCUUAGAAGAUAACUGGAACUAAUAGAGAAUGGUAUUUGCCCUUUUUCUGUCCCAAUAUAUUGAAGGUUACAUGCAGAGAAAACUUCCAAAAAAUAGAAAUUAAUUUUAAUGUCUUCUUGAUUUUAAACAGAUGGGUUGGAUCAUAGCAUUUAUUUCAUUGAUGAAUUGUCCCUAAGCAGAGGGAUACUCCACCAGAGUACCCCUAUUCAAAAUGCUCUUGAUAGCAGAAGACAAUAGUGGAUAGAUAGCAAUUUCUACAGGCCCCAGUUACACGGCCUUCACUACUGCCGAGGCUCCAUUAAACGUAGGAGCAGAUUUGGGACCAGCUGGGGAGAUAGAAUCAGUGAAGAUCAGCUCACCUCUUCAGCCAGCAGAAAUUCUCUGCUGGAUCAAACUAUUCCCACCAAAAGGAGAUGCUUCUAUCUGUAGAAGGCUUUUGCUGGAUAUAACCAUGUAUACAUGUUUGUGCCUUUUUACUAACAAAUCAUUAUAUUUCAGAAUGCAAACUCUGGCUUAUCUCACUUUCUUGAUUUCUGAAACAUAAAUAUACUAAAAAUUGAAAUCAGAAUCAGCUUUGAAGGGGCCAUUUAGCACUAGUUUUGUGAUUUUUCCCUGCAGUAUGACAUUGCAUGUGGCUGAUAUACAUGGAAUAUACCAAGGCUCAGCAUUACCAGAUUUUGAGGGGAUAUGCUUUUCUGGCCACAUUUUCACUGGAUUCUACAAGGGCUGUUGGGUUAACUUUAGCCAGUUUGCCUUUCUGUGACUUACUAAAGGACAGUGUGUCAGUGCAUCCAGUGCUGAUGACAGGUUCACUGAUGCUUACAUCAGCAUAGAAUUGCAGGGGCGUUGUCUGUGAAUUUUCCUUUUUAUAUAAUUAGCAGUCCUCUUGGAGUAUGUGAACACCGCUACACAAAAAUGCAGUCUCCUUGGUACACUUUGAAAAUGCCAUUCUCACAAGUCAAAGAACAUUGAUGACAAAGAUGCAGUUAUCACCCUGUUAGCUGGGGAAAAACCUAAAAGAAAGUUAAUUCACUCAACAGUACCAUGAGGUCUGAUCUUUGUAUAAUAACAAAUUUUGUGGUGAGUAGACAUGUAAGUCAGAGAGUUGAGCAGUUGCAGAAUAUGGAUUAUGUGAGGACCCAUUCCCAGAUUUUGCAGCAAUCUCUUCCUUAGGUAUGUUAAAUAUGUGCUCUCAAAAGUAGAUUUAU